AUGGGUAGAAUUUGUCAUAGCCCUCCACCCCCUCGUGGGCGAGACAGCAGCCCGUUCCUGCCCGGCGCCGAAGGGGAAAAGGGUAUUCCGAGUCCGUGGUCGUGGUGCAUGUUGAGUAGAGCUGACUCCUUCUUCUUGGAAUGGCGUCAGCAGCAUUUGGUUGUGGUGUUAACACUUCUGACUGUCAACCUGCAAACUCUUUCCUCGACUCUCUUUGAGACUGAAACCAAGCCCCGGUUCCGGCCAAGCUGGGGACUUGUGUCCGGGGGCAAGUCGAGAACGGCGUUGGUCGGAAAAGGCAGCAGUUGUCUGUUGAAGAGGCCUGUCGCUUCGUUCGUCGAAGAGUGGAUGAGCCUAAAAUUGCCCACGAAAAUGGUCACAAGUGGAGCCGAAGACAAGCCAGAAAGUGGAAAUGAGAUAAAAUCUCGUUUUCCCGUUCAUGUUAGCGACUUUGGCCAAGUGGCAAAGUAUGGAUGGGCAAUGCAUAAUUGA